CAACUUCGUAAUAUAAACCCCCCGUCCCCCCUCUCUUCCCUCUCUUCCUUUAUCUUUUCUUCUCAUCUCAAGAUCCCCAAGCAAAAACAAUACUACAUUCUUCUCUCGAAGAACUAUAGAUACCUGCCAGGUACCAUGGCAUCAUAUCAUUCUUCCUCCCUUUUCUCCUCUUCUUCAUUCUCGUCUCCUUCUUUCUUUUCCUCUUCCUCCUGUUCUUCCUUCUCUUCUUCAGCUGAGAAAGACCGCGAGCUCAACGAAUGGGUCACCUGAGCAUCCUGCACUGGCCUCAUCCGCCGGUCAUACUCGCUUAGCCACCUAUAGUUACUCAUUCUCUCAGAGACAUACUAGUACUUCUUUUCUAUAACAAUGUCGAAGGGGAACUGAAUACACCCUUCAAUGGCAAUCUACGACUAUCGCCAAGAUCCUAGUAAAGUCCUCGGAAAGCGGCUCAAAAACAAGUUUGAGACACAAGGGGGGGGCCGUUAUUUGAAACGAUCAUUUCUUCUCGCAUUAACCGAUGAAAUUGGUCACGAUGCGGACGUCACGGAAAAUAUCCCUAUAGUUCCCGGCGAUGAUAAUGACUCGGAUUCUGAUUACAUGGGAGAUAUCAACAUAGCUUUCAUUAUUGCAACUUCACGGGGAGGUAGAGGGGGUCCAAGAAAGCAGAGGAAGAAGGGGGAGUACCCUGAUGAUGAUACGGACUCCCAAUAUCACGAAUCGCACACAAUAUGGGGUUGCAAUGCUAGAAGGCAACGGCCUAGUGUAUAAAACCUCCGAGUCCGGCCGCUUUCGAUGAUUGGUAUGGAUUAGGUAUGGACAGGAUAGCUCCAUCACGCAAUCCGCGCGGAGCAUGAUGGAAGAAGAAUCGGGGUAGCACCCAGAUCGAGGGGUUACUAUCUUCAAUCGCGAGCUUUGUACUUAUAGUAUAG